AUGCAUCCCAGCGCUCUAGUCGGCCUCUUGGCCUUCGCGGCUGCUACCGAAGCCAUUCCCAGAAACCCCAAGCAGGCACACAGCGCCUCCUCGAUCUCGAACUUGAAGUCUAAGAUCAAGAAUGUCGUCGUGCUUUGCAUGGAGAACCGCUCCGUCGACAACUUGCUCGGUGGACAAACCCACAAGGGAAUUGAGAACCCCAUUAACAACGGCCCAUACUGCAAUCCAUACAACGUGACUGAUCCCUCCCAAGGCCACCACUGUACCGAGGCUCGGGACUAUAACUCUGUCACUGAUGAUCCCAGCCACGCUGUGACCGGUAACACGAUGGAGUUCUACAGCAACUGGGCGCCUGAUAACUCUCUUAUUGCCCAGGGCAAGUUGUUGCCUAACAACAAUGGAUUCAUCCAUGAACAGAUCCAUAACUAUGGUGAUGAUGCGAACAAGACUGUGCUUGCGAAGCAGGUUAUGAACUACUAUACCGAGGCUGAGGUGCCAGUUCUCACUUCUCUGGUUGAGAACUUCGUUACUUUCAACCACUGGCAUUCUGAUGUUGCGGGUCCGACGGACCCUAACCGUUUUGCCCUUGUUGCUGGUACCUCUGGUGGCCACGGUACCAACGACGAUAGCUUCGGCACCUAUGCUUUCACCCAGCGCUCUAUCUUCCAGCAGCUGGGUGAGACCAACCACACCUGGUUGAACUACUGGGACACAGCCGGUGGCACAGGCCCCGAAGCACAGUGGUUCACAUGGACAAAAGAAACCAGCAACCAGGACAAGGUCGUGCCCAUGACGCAAUUCUACACCGACGCAGAGAAGGGUGUGUUGCCCGAGUUCUCGUACUUGAAUCCCUCGUGCUGCGGCGUCGGCACCACUUCCAUGCACGACAGCGGUCUGAUCUCGGACGGAGAGGCAUUCAUCAAGCGGGUUUAUGACUCGCUGCGCAGCGGACCUCAGUGGAACGAGACUCUUUUCGUUUUGACCUUUGACGAGACGGGUGGAUUCCACGAUCAUGUGCCUCCUCCAUUGGCGCCGAGACCGGAUAACCUUACGUAUACUGAGACCGCGCCUAAUGGGGAGAAGUAUACCUAUGAGUUUAACCGCCUUGGUGGACGUAUUCCUACUUUCUUGAUCUCGCCUUGGAUCUCCAAGGGCUUUGUUGAGCAGAAGGGUACUAAUAACCAGGGCAAGACGGUGUCAUACUCUGCUUCGUCGGUUUUGAGGACAUUGGGUUAUCUUUGGGAUUUCGCGCCUUUCAACCCGCGUGUUGAUGGGGCUGCUUCCUUUGAUCACUUGAUUCAGAGCACCCCGCGCAAGGAUGUGCCUACCGCCCUUCCUAGUGCUGUUCCGUUUUGA